AUGGGCGUCGUGGAUCAUCAAGAACCAACAAUAGAGAUAAACGGCCUGAGAUUCACAUAUCCAGGAAUCGACGGGCACCCACCGCCUGGGUCGAAGCCUCUGAUAGAUGAUUUCUCUCUCACUCUCAAGUCCGGUGAUCGGUGCCUUCUCGUUGGAUCGAAUGGCGCUGGGAAAACGACAAUACUGAAAAUAUUGGGAGGGAAGCACAUGGUGGAGCCUCAAAUGGUUCGCGUGUUGGGGAGGUCUGCUUUUCACGACACUGCUUUGACGUCGUCUGGUGAUCUCUGUUAUCUUGGAGGAGAGGUUGGUGUUCUGUUAUUCAGAAUUUCAUUCCACAGUGAAGCUAGAAAUUGGAGGCGAGAUGUUGCUUUUGCUGGGUUUGAGGUUCCCAUACAAAUGGAUGUUUCUGCAGAAAAAAUGAUAUUUGGUGUAGCAGGAAUUGAUCCUCAGAGAAGAGCUGAACUGAUCAAGGUAUUAGAUAUUGAUCUGUCAUGGAGGAUGCACAAGGUUUCUGAUGGUCAAAGAAGACGAGUGCAAAUUUGCAUGGGUCUGCUUAGGCCAUUUAAGGUUCUUCUUCUUGAUGAGAUAACAGUUGACCUUGAUGUGCUGGCAAGGGCUGACCUUCUGAAGUUCCUAAGAAAGGAAUGUGAAGAAAGAGGUGCCACGAUAAUUUAUGCAACUCAUAUAUUUGAUGGCUUAGAGGAUUGGCCAACACAUAUUGUGUAUGUGGCUAAUGGGAAGUUACAGUUAGCAAUGCCAAUGGCAAAAGUCAAGGAGAUCAGUAAUUUAUCACUUAUGAGGACAGUGGAGAGCUGGCUGAGGAAAGAAAAAGAUGAGGAGAGGAAGAGAAGAAAAGAAAGAAAGCAAAGUGGGGUUCCAGAAUUUGAAAAACAAGUGGAAGGAAGUCGAGUUACUGGUGAUCCGGCCGGUGCUGCUGUUCGUGUUAUGAACAAUGGUUGGGCUGCUGGUAGACUUCACUCAACCAUUGCAGGUGAAGAGAACUUCUUCUUAAGCUCGAAUAGAGUUUUGAGACAGUAGGCAAAAUACUUUUAGCACGGAAGGUACCCAUUUCUUACAUAUGAUCAGCUAUUGAUUUGCAUAUCUUGAAGAACAAAUGGCAAGUGGCAGGUUACUUCACAAGUUUUUCUACAGCAAACAUUUAAAAGAAAAAGAAAAUUAAAAAGAAUCAAUACAGUAGCCUGUAUCAUUGUAUUCAUUUAGUAGACAAUGGAAAUAUGAUUUAUCAUGUGGCCCAACCAUCCACAAUCUUACUGUGAUCAAUAAAGUUGUCUCCAUUUGCUGGUUGCUCAAA